AUGCAAGUCCACAUGAUUGCCUCUUCGCCCCUCGUCCCAACGGAGGGUGGGGUGUCCUUUGAAGACGUGGCCGUCCAUUUCACCAAGGAGGAAUGGGCCCUACUGCGGCCCCCCCAAAGGUCGCUGUACAAGGAAGUCAUGAUGGAGAACUUCUGGAAUGUGUCUUCUCUCGGUCCUCUGAUUGCUAAGCCCAAACUCAUAUCCCAGCUUGAAGAGGAAGAAGACGUGUUUCUUGGGAUCUUUGAUGAAGAGGAGGAACUGGCAGGGGAAGUGUGUGAUCCAGCAAAUGAAAUGAACGAGCACUGCGUGAAUGAAAAAGGAGUGACAUAUUCAGAUGGGGCGGAAAGCAUUGAAUAUUCUGGUGCCCUGAAAAAGAAAGAAGGAAAAGAGCCAAUUGAAGAGAGAAUGAAUUCUGGUUCUCUCCAGAGAGAUGAUUCCCAUGAAAUGGCACGAUUUGAUAAAAUUCAUAAAAAAUACAAUACAAAUGAUGACAUUGGAACUGAGGAAAGGCUUUCUGUAAAAUCAGACAAAAAUGUUGAUUGCAGUGACUGUAACAGAACGAAAAUCCUUAAAUCUCUGAAAUGUGCGACGGGAUUUGGGGAGAAACAAAAGAUAACUUCUCACGGAGGUAUUCACACACAGGAGAGCAACUAUACAUGCUUGGACAGUGGAAAAAGUUUCAAGGACAGUGGAAGCCUUAUUUCCCCUCAAAUUUCCACAGGGCAGAAACCAUACAAAUGCCUGGAGUGUGGAGUAGCCUUCAAGCAGAGUGCCAGCCUCACUUCCCAUCAAAGACACUUCAGUCAUAGCACAGGACUUUCUUCACAUCAGAGAAUUCACACAGGGGAAAAACCAUACAAAUGCCUCCAGUGUGGACAAGGCUUCA